AUGACUGUUCCGCCCUCCAACACAAACAGUGGUUCUAGUAAUACUGGUACUACCGGCAAUAAUACUGGCACUACUAGUAAUUCUACUCCACGGAUCCCGCCUUUGAAACGGGGUACAUCGACCGUUGAUAGUACUGCUUUCAAGCCUGGGGAGGGGGCGACGUUCGUAGGGGCGACCAGUGGUGGAAGCAGUGGCGAUAUGGAGCCUCACAAACGUAUAGAAUCCAGACCAAGCGUCGCCACUAACAAAAGCGGUGUUUACGGUACUACGGCAGAGAAUAUAGAGAACAGCGGAGUGUUUAAAGUGCCCAAGAAGUUACUUGUUUCAGAUGGUAGAGAAGGUACUAGAAUCAUGUCAUCUGCAACAUCAACACCUUCAGUUGAAACGUUUUCCAUGAGCAUUUCUCAACCCCCUAGAGUCACUGAUGUGCCUUCCUCCGGGACAGGGGGGAUUCCCCCCAAUGUUGUGUCAACCAUCAUCACCCCCAGCCAAACCAGUCUUUCCCUUCCGCUUCUUGAAAGAGCAACUUUGGAAGGUGGGGCAGGAGGUCAACUAUUGAUCAAUAAGACAACAAACAACACUCCGUCUGUGGAGAUGGGUUCGAUGAUCCCCAACGAAACCGAUACAUCUAAUAAUGAUCACCAACCACAGCUGGAACCGAAAGAAUCCACUACUGCUACCACCGAUGUUGACCAAGAUAGUAACAACAGUGUUAACGUCAAUAACUUUUCAAGUUCUCCUGUGAAACUUAGCAUCAAUGCCAUCUCCAACUUGAACAAGUCCUUAAAGGCCAAACAGAAAAUCAUCAAUGCUAAAGAACCUCACUGUCGAAACGUCACUGGGACUUCAGAUCUCCUUAAUACUUCCCCCCACGCAUCUUCUGUUGGGAUAAAUUUGCAUGAAAUCGACGACGAUACUUCAAAGGAUCAUCCCGAGGACCCCCCUGCGGUGGUGGAUCCCACCACAUCAAAGCAAACAGAAUUAAACAGCAAUAACAACACCUUGAAGAUAAAACAACAACAACAACAACAACAACAACAGCAACAACAACAGCAACAACAACAACAACAACAACAACAACCAACAACAAUAAGGAAUAAGCGUAUCUCAAAGCAAGCUUCAACGAAAACAGAUUUCUUUGCUGCCAAGUUGGCAAGUGCUGUUGAUGAUGCAGAUUCCAGUGAUAGUGACGAGACAUUUGUGUAUGAAAAUAACAACGAUAAUGCUCCACCAGCAGCUGCAGAUACCCCAGAAGCCAAUAAUACCCUUACAACUAACGACCUUGAUCCUAACAAUUUUAGACAGCAAUCUCAAGGCGAUAAUGCAAGUGUUGCAGGAAGUGUUGUCCCCACCACAUUCAAUUCACCUUCUUUUGAACGAGAUGAUUAUCAGGAGUCGGUUUAUUCAGUACAUUCUUCAAGGCCACCACCUAGCCCUCCUCUUAAUGCUGUAACUGGUGGUGUACGGGCACCGUUUUUACUCUCGGCCAACAAUUCCUUUAAUAGUAAUAACUAUUUGGAGAGUUUUAUGAAGGAAAAGAAACCUCUCAUGAACCAGAAAUCAAAUUCUGCUUACUCUUUUAAUGACGAUUCCCAGAAGGAACUCAAGGAGGUUUUCGAAUCCGAAGGUGACGAUGCUGACGUUGAUGAGGGUGCCUUUUCAGAAGGAGAAUCUGAAUCCGGAAGAAUGAAUUCAGUGGUAAUUAGAAACAACGGCGAAAAUAAUUCAACCUUGUGUGGACAAGAGAAGCAAGAGUUUAAUGCGGAAUCAUCAUCAACACCAGCACAUAUACCAGGAUAUAAUAAUAAUAUCUUGCAAAGUGGUGGACCAGCACUAGGGAGGAAGAAGAAGCCCACUUCUUCCAUCUCAUCAUCAUCAAAGCUUAGAUCAACUACCUCCAAACUAUUUGAUAAAAAGGGUUCACAUCCUCGAAGGUAUAGCACAAUACCGGACGAUAUUGAUAUUGAAGACUUUGAUGAUGAGCUCAUUUAUUAUGACAAUAAUAUCAGGUUCCCUUACAACAACAGCAACACUAAUUUUAAUGAGCAAUCCCCUUUAUUAACUCAGAAUGGGCAAGUACGGAUUCCCCAUUAUCGAUCACUUAAUUUUAAUUUCAAUGGUGGGAAGCGGAAACCUUCUAAUAUGAAAUCAAAACGGUUUAUUUCUGCUAACCAGCCAAUUAGUGCACUGAACAACGGGAGCAUCCAUAAUGUGGAUGCCAACCCAACUGGUGGUUCAGCCAAUGGAGGAGGCAGUCCAAAUAGCCCCAAUGCAAAUGGAAAUAAUCCAAAUUAUGAUAUCAAUAUGUUCCCAUUUCCAUACGGUAAGGCCAACCAAUAUUAUUAUGAUAUUGAUGAAUAUGACCCUGUUAUACAGGCAGAAAGUGGUGCAAACUCACCAUUGAAUCGUAAUGAUAUGAAUUUACCAUUUGAUGAUUUGGGAAUAAGUGGUGGUGGUAAUGGUUACAGGGGUAGCAAUGGUGGCCCCUUUGGAUUCCCCAGUAAGAAUGAUCAUUUUGCACUUCCUAGAAAGCAAUCCCGAGAAUUUGCAAGUGGAUCAUAUUUCAUUCGCUCUUUUGUGUACACUGUUUUCAGUAUACUUUGUAUACUUAUGCUUGGGUUCAUGAUGGGGUUUAUUUUGGCUUCUACUAAAUACCUUUCUGAUUUCGAAGUUAGUUCAAUUGAAAACCCUAUAGUCAGUCAAGAUGAGUUAAUUUUCAAUAUGGUUGUCACAGCCAUUAACCCUGGUUGGUUUAGUAUAAAUGUUCAAGACGUUGAAUUGGAUAUAUUUGCCAAAAGUGGGUUUUUAGAGACCGAACAUUUAUAUCAUAGUUCAGUGGAAACAGUUCUUUUGGGAACCAUUUACGAAUUGGAAACACCAUUAGAAUUUGCUGGAGGUUUUUUCGAUCGUCAUCCAAUUGAGCAAAUGACUGCUGUGAAGUUACUUUCACCAGGUAAGAAUUUAACUGGAGUUGCAUCUAUUCCUGGUAAUAAAGGCGACAACUCAACUAUUCCAGAUAAUUCAAAGAAAUGGGAAGUAAUUUCCAAACAUCCUUUUGAUUUAAUUUUACGAGGUGUUGUCAAAUAUACUUUACCCAUUAGUCUGAAUGUGAAAUCGGUGGUUGUGAAUAAGGUUGCUUAUAUUAAUCCUGAGGAUAUGUCAUUUGACUACAAAGAACAAUAG